GCGGUAGUGCUUGUUUCGUGAUCAAUCUUCAGAAAAACCCAUUUUUAUUUACUUAAACUCUUCUCGUUUCUAUUUAGUUUUUUACGCUAUUGACAACUGUGUGUUUGGGUUUCGAACUGUGCUAUAGUUUUCCUUUGUAGUGUGCGACAAAUCCGUGAAACAAUACAAAUAUUACGCGAAACAAUUAGGUUACAGGCCAGUGUUGAGGAUACUCGUAAUUUUGCAUACAGUGAACUCACUCGGUACUUUCCCAGCAUUUGACGGUCUUCAAAGGGUAGUUUAUAUCAUGCUGUUGGGGUGAAAUAAACUGUCGCACUGGGUCAAUACAUAUUUGAUGGCUGUGGCGGUUCCUAACUGCCACUCGAGGGUGUCAAUGUCUGUCUCGAUGAGCCUAAUGCAGGGUACAGCCGGGCCUACGACCGGAGCAGGGCAACAAGGAGGCCUGCAUGGGGCCCAACCCUACUAUCAUCCACAGCAUGCCGCAGCACCGGCCCAUACACAGGAACAGGUCCAACCGGAUAGGCCCAUUGGGUACGGAGCCUUCGGAGUUGUUUGGGCCGUGACAGACCCCAGGGACGGCAGACGAGUGGCACUGAAGAAAUUACCAAAAGUGUUCCAAUCGGUAAUAUCCUCGAAGAGAGUUUUUAGGGAAUUAAAAAUGUUAUGUUUCUUCAAGCAUGAAAACGUUCUCUCCGCCUUAGACAUUCUUCAACCCCCACACCUGGAUUUCUUCCAAGAAAUAUAUGUAAUUACAGAGUUGCUUCAAAGUGAUCUACAUAAAAUUAUAGUCUCACAUCAACCCCUUUCAUCGGACCAUAUAAAAGUUUUCUUAUACCAGAUUCUUAGAGGUUUAAAAUAUUUACAUUCAGCUAGGAUAUUACAUAGGGAUAUUAAACCUGGGAAUCUUCUGGUUAAUAGUAAUUGUGUUCUAAAGAUCUGUGAUUUUGGUUUAGCAAGAGUAGAAGAACCCGACACGAGCAAAAACAUGACCCAAGAAGUAGUUACGCAGUACUACCGGGCCCCCGAGAUCCUCAUGGGCACCACGCAUUAUUCCGCCGCGGUAGACGUGUGGUCAGUGGGUUGUAUUUUCGGCGAGCUUUUAGGUCGUCGGAUACUCUUUCAGGCGCAGAACACUGUCCAACAGUUAGAACUGAUCACUGAGCUGUUGGGCACGCCCUCCAUGGAAGACAUGAAGCACGCUUGCGAAGCUGCCAAGUCGCAUAUGUUGAGGAGAGUACCCAAGCCACCGUCGCUGUCCGCGUUGUAUACUCUCUCAUCACAAGCGACGCAUGAAGUUGUUCAUUUGUUAUGCCAAAUGCUGGUUUUCAAUCCGGAUAAACGAAUAACAGUAGUGGAGGCGCUUGCACAUCCAUAUUUAGACGAAGGUAGGUUAAGGUAUCACUCUUGUAUGUGCAAAUGCUGCUACACAACGGCGAGCGGUAUGAGGCAGUAUACGUCAGAAUUCGAAACUACAGCACCACAACCUUUCGACGACCAUUGGGAGAAAAAGCUUAACACUGUACAGCAAGUUAAAGAGGAGAUGCAUAAAUUCAUAGCAGAACAACUAAACACAAGUAGAGUCCCUUUAUGUAUAAACCCCCAAUCUGCGGCAUUCAAGAGUUUCGCCAGGUAAGAUGGCCGCCAACGCCGCAGACCAGCGCAGCGCCAUUGCAUAGUUCGACAGUAGCCCACCCAUCAGAACUACCCCCUUCACCGCAUCAGUGGGAAUCACCCAGGGUGGUUGUACGAAGAUAACGGUCGUUAAUGUAUAUUGUACCAUUCUUUGUCUCUCUAUUUACCUUUUAAAAAUGGACCUUCUAGUAAAUAGAUACUCGUCUUUACACCAAAUAUAAAUCAGGGAUUCUAUGCAAUGUAAAAACAAGCAAACAAUACGGGACAAUUUUUCGCGCUGAACAAACAUUCGUCAUAGUGUGUGUUUUCGUGUAUAUUUAGUCGGCCAGAGUGUGAUUUUAUCUUACAGCUUGUCCACAUGAGGCGGUUUGCCAACGUCGACGUCGCGGUUUACCUGAAAAACCCAACCGCCGCGGUUCAAGUUGCCAAGGAAAAAAUAGAAGCGUACACAUGCAACCGCUCCGUCGUCAAACGACGGUGGUUGUAAGUUAACUAGGGGAGGAAUGGGACCGCCAGUCAACCGCUCUGAUGUGUACUAUACAAACGUCGGCUAACCGCUGCGUCAACUGCUGGCAAACCGCCAUCAUAUGGACAAGCGCUUACAUACAAUAAUUUUAAGUAGAUCUGCCUAAAUAGCCUGUCGCGUAGUUUUUGGCAAGUUUGAUUGUAUUUGUUAAUUUUUUGUGUAAAAGUAUAACUGGUCUUUCAUCAUACAGCAUCUAAACCUUUAUUGGGGCAAUUACAAUUUAGUUUGAGAGAUACGCAGAAAGAUGAAUAUAUGUAUUUACAUCACGAAUAUGUAAACUACAGUAUCGGAAAUAAUUUAACGUAGGUAUUAACUUUAAACGGUAGGAACGGAGAGAAAUAUAUUUAAAACGGCAUUGCGAUAUCAGGUUUAAUAUUGGGACUAACUCAAAAGGAGAAGCUCAAUUGGUUUGAUAGGCGGAGCCACUGUUCCGAGAUAACUCAGUAUUAUCUGAUCAUUCACGGGAGGCUGUACUGAAUUAAGAUUAAAAUGGACGAAAGAGUACUUAUUUUAAUUAAAAAUAACAUAUUAUUUGGUAUUUUCCAAAUAAUAUCUAUAUUUUUUAAUAUAGGUUUUGUGGAAGUGGUAAGUGGUUAAAGUGAAGUCAAAAUUGACUUCAAUUGUAUCUUUUUUAGUGAUCACAUGAUCUCAAUUAAAUUCUCACAGUCCGUAGGUAGUUGCUUAAAAAUUUGCUUGUAUGAAAAUACAAAUUGUAUUACAGAAAUUUGGGAAAAAACUGCUAUUUGCAUUUCCAGAAAAUUUUGAAAAAAAUAAGCAAAUUGUAGAUAUAAUUCAUUUCAAACAUAUUUUCUAUAUGAAAAUUUCCACAUGCGUUGAGAAAAACGAGUUUUCUUGGAGAUAAAUUAUUUUAAAGAGUGCAUGUGUAUUUUAAAGUUCUUGUCAGAGUCUUCUUUCGGUGCGUCAUUAAUUUUGACGUCAUAUAUGAUUUUAAGGAUGUCGGGAAUCAUUGCAUGCCAUUUUAGUUAAAUCUGACAAUUGUCAGAAUCGGAAUCAGCCUAAAGCUUUUAUUUGCAAUUUGGUAUAAAAACAAAUCAAUAGUGUUUAUUAUAUUUAUAAAAAAUUCUAUUCUUUGAUUUGUAUAGUCUCAUAUAUUGUAUAGAUUAUAGUCGUAUAGAUAACAGGUAAAUCAUUUUUUUCCGAUUAUAGCGUCAUCUAUCAACAACUAGAAUAAAUGUUAUAAAUGUUAUAAUCACGGACAUACUUUUUUCUUGUUGUUGUUCUGAAGCUAUUUUCUUGUGGCAUUUUUGCAAUUAACUAGUUUUAAUGGAAAAUAAGCCACACUUUUACUAAAAAAAAUGGUUUUAUUAACUUAUUUUAUUACUUUUUUUCUGUCACUUCCAACUUAAUGCGUUAGAAAGAAAUCGAAAAACUGUGACGCACUGAAGGAAGACUCUGGGAAGAACCAUAAUAUCUUGUUAUUUAUUUUGAUUUUGCACAAGUAAGCCUAGGAGGUAGAUAACGGAGUAAAUGCUGCUUUGAGACACGUGAUAAAUAUGAUAAUCCCUUAAACAUUUAUUAGCCUUGACCACUUGAUGAUCAUUUAUUUAUGACCAAAUCUCUUGACUUUUAGUUGAAUUUGUUUUGCCUCUUCCAUCUUUAUGUUUAUGAGAUCAUUUGUCAUCAGCCAAAGCGAGAGAUAAACAAAGAAAAUAAUGAAAAAACGUAAGAUUGGUAGUUUGUAUAAUUAUAACAUAAUUUAUGACUUUGGAGACAAUACAAAAAAAAUCACAGAGCAUAAAACAUCCACUGUCAUAUCUUUCCAGCCAAAGCUGGCUGUGGCCUACAACCAUAAUAAUACAAAGUAAAAUACUUAUCUGCUGAUUGGGAUGUGACAUAACCUCAAUAAUAACAACAAAUUGGCGGUUGUAUGCAUCUUUUCAACAAAUUUCUCUCUUAAUUGUCUUUUGAUAACGAUUUCCGGUGUGGAAAUCAAAACGGUAUUUUUUAGGUAAAUAAAUACAUAAUUGUCAUUACAACCCAACUGUGGCUAAUCCUAUAUAAACAUAACAGUUAUCAAAAAAAUGAUUUUUGCUAUAUGAUGAAAAAUCAACAACAAAAUAUUAUAUAUCUAGAGACUGGAAAAUAUGCACUAAAAAAUGUCUAAAAUAUGCAUGCAAUAUGCAUUUUAAAACAAGCUGAAUAUGCACAAUUAACAUGCAAAUAUGCAUUUAUAUAUGCACUUAUUUUU